AUGCAUCCGCAUCGCUCCGGCUACGACCUACAUGCCGAUAGAAGCGCAGCCGAACAGCGUCACACAGCCAUGAGAAGAGAUGCACGCAUCGGCCAACCCGACCGUCGGCUUGUGCCGAUGCAACCUUCGGGUUUGCCGCAAGGUCAUAUCGAUCCUGCUUAUCACUACGCCAAUCCUCACGCUUAUCACUGCAAGCCACCUCUCGCUCAUUCAUCAUCACGUGAAGGUGCUCCUUCCAGAAUGGCACAGUCACAUGACCGUCAUUCUGUUGCAGCACCGAUGGCUCAGCCUUGUUCUCGUCCGAAUCGUCCUUACGACGACUACAAAUCCGCUGCUUCCGAUCCAUCCCACCGUCGGCGAUACUAUGACGAACGCGCAGCACCACCUCUGCCACCUCAGCACCAGUACCCUUCCCCUCACUACAGUCCCUCAGACGACCUCCAGCAUCAUCACCAGCACCAGCACCAGCACCAGCACCAGCACCAGCACCACCAACAACAGCAGCACCCUCCUCACUCGAGCCAUCACCAGCCUCACACCUAUCCUCCUCGACAACAGCAUCCCGAACAACAUGGUCAUCCCUCGCGUGACUUGCGUCUCGAAGACAGCUUCCAGGGCCACGCAAGACCUCAGUUACCAUCGCCCCGCGCAUCCAAUCGCCAGAGGCAUCCUAUCUCGCCAUCAGGCGACUUUGGCUCACAUCGCGAUGCAUAUCCCUCCGGCGUCCACGACUACGCACGCUACGCUUCCACCUCCACAUCUCAGGACAGGCAACACGAUGCUUCGACUUGUGCCAUUCCAUCUGCUUCCUCUUCUACCAUUCCAUCUGCUUCCUCUUCUACCAAUCCCACUUCUAGCUCAUCGACAGCCUCUGCACCACAACAAGCUACCAGGAAGCGAAAGAAGCAGUUCAAGUAUAUGCUCGAGCUGGACGGCGCUGAUGCCUCCAAGCCUUCCUCUUCGGGCGCUGCCGAUGACGACGAUGGAGAACGUGUUGACCAGCUUGGAGCGGCUGAGGGCUCUGCCGCCGCUCCACAGCGCAAGGAGAGUAGGAAGAAGGUCAAGAAGGCCUGUGUCUUUUGCAAACGCAGUCAUAUGCCUUGUGAAGAGGCCAGACCAUGUAAGCGCUGUGUCAAACGAGGCAUCUCGCACCUCUGCAAAGACGCUGAGCCCAUUGGCUCAACUUCCGCAUCCGGUUCUACCUCGUCGACGCCUACGGGGACGGAUAGCAAUGCAAAAGGUCUCAAAAACAAGAUCGACGAGGCUCGUGACCAUUCACGUGCAAGACGACGACGAGACGGCGAGACGGCGCUAGAGACCGAGUCUGGCUCUGACGCCGAAAGCAUGUCGUCGUCACCCGCCUCUUCGUUCCGUAAUCGCAUGGCUUCUGAUGCCGAGUUUUCUUCCAUCUUUAAACGUCGCAAUCACUCCUACAACGUCAACCAGAUGCCCGGAGCCACUGCUCGAGAUCCCGACAUACGACCCACCAUGCCCAUCUCGAAUCUUCUUAGUCCAGCCAACUUCGAACUGCAACGGCGUCCUCCCAAACGCAGUCUGUCACCAGGUGUAUCGGCAAAGGAGCAGGAAGAAGCGUGGAACCGAUCUAUGGAUCCUUCCACGCAGGUCAAGAUGAAACAGAUGCUCGAAGCAGGUCCUGCUGCUGGUGACUUGAACGACAUCUUUGGCGAGAUGCCCACUUCUCUGCUCAUGACACCUGCCAUGGCCAAACUAUUUCGAGGUCAAGCUAUCUUACGUCCUGGUUCAGCUGACCUUCCAGGCUCUCCCCACCGAACAGGCUCCAACGACUACAAUAGCCGCCUCAAGCGAUCGCAUUCCAUGACCGUCGCCUCCAGUCAAUGCCAAGUCGAUGAAGCUGGCUUCAAGCUGCCUCCACGACCCAAGCAUCUCUUGCAAGAAGAAGCAGCUACUGCCACCGAACUUCGUGGUGGCCCUCCCGCCUAUUCGUACACCUAUGGGUACGCUAAGCUAGCUCGAUGGAUGUACACUCGUUUCUCGCCUGAGAAUUGCGAACAAGUCGACCGCAGUCUCUCCAUGAUCCGUCCCAAGCUCAUGGCCUUGUCCCGAAGCUUACCAGAAGCAGAACUGAUCGGUGUCGAAGACAAAUUCUACCAACUCCUCGCUCACUACCAAGCCAACGUACUCGAGAUGAUCCCAAUCCCGAUGAUUGUCGCCCGUCGCACAGGCGAGAUCUACGCAGCCAACUCUCAUGCGUGCAGACUCAUGCAGCUUCCCGAAUCCAUCUUCGAAGGCGGUCAGAUCUGUCAUUACCAGCUAGUGACAGAGCAGGAUUGCGUCAAGAUGUGGGCAAGGUAUGCCGAUGAAGCGACGGGCAAGCUGGAUGCACCUCCAGCUCAGACCGCCAUGAUGGAGGUCGAUAGGAGCUUGCUCCUGUAUAACAAGCCUGGCUUUGAUCCGAGGACAGGAGAGCUGUUUGGUGACGGUCUCUGUGAGGACGGAAGCCCAGCAGUAGUGCGUCGUAAGCUGGUUGUGACAUUCGAGGCUAAGCUAAGCAAGCAUGGAUUGCCCUUCAUGGUCACGGGCGCAAUGGAUCCGAUUCCGGAUGAGAUGUAG